AUGGUUUUGCCCAGGGCCUCAACGCGAAUUAAAAUGGUGUCCGCGUGAGGCGCUCGGCUUGCCGUGCAAUUCCUUCAGUGGCGCAUUUACGUCCAUCUCAUUUCUCUCUUAAAACAAACAUUCCGAACGCAGUUGCUUCGAAAAGUUUAACAAAUUUGUUUCGCAAACGUUGCAUUGAUCCAGAGGGUGCGGAAGGCGGGGGGGGGGAGUAGGAGCAAGCUAAAUGUUGCACGGCGCUGGGUCGAGAGCGGCCUAGGCUAGAGGCCACAGCCUCGGGUUUGUUCUGCUCUGCUCGGCCGCGUAUAGUGGGGGGGGCGAUGGCGGCGGCGCCCGGCUUUGCCGAGAGCCUGGAGCGCAAACUGACCGGCCUCAGCAACACCAUGGAGAGCAUUCAGGGGCUCUCGCACUGGAUCAUAGACCACAAGAGCAGGAGCGCAAAGAUCGUCGAGCGGUGGCUCAAAUCCCUCAAGAAGUCGCCCUGUGAGCAAAGACUGAACUUGUUUUAUCUGGCGAAUGAUGUGGUACAAAAUUGUAAGAGGAAAGAUGCAAUCGUGUUUCGAGACGCUUUUGCUGAAGUUCUCCCAGAUGCCACCUCGCUUGUCAGGGAUAUUGCGGUAAGAAAACCAAUCGAAAGGAUUUUUGGAAUCUGGGAACAAAGAGAGAUCUUUAAAAAAGACUUCACAGUGAAGCUUCGGGAAAUAUUAGUUAAUGAAAAAGCUAGAGCACCAGAAAAUGCAAAUGUUCUGGCUGAAUUUAGGCCGCAUUCGAUUAUUCAGCAACUCGCUGCCUUCAAGACGUUUGAAGAUGAAUCGAUGACAAAAGAAACGCAGGCUGCAAAUCUGCAAGUUGAAUUUUUGAGCGUAGAAGAUUUCAAGUUGAUUAAAGACCAAGAGGGUGGAAUGUUGUUUUCAAACGAACUGGAAGAGACAAGUGCAAAGCUAGAAGACUUCGUUAACCACCUGGAAAAGGACAUUAAACGAUUGCCUAUGAUCAUGGACGCUCUGGAGAAGGCCGAGCUGUUUUAUGAAUCUCAGUUCAAGGAUGUCAAGAUCGUUGUAAAUGCAUACACUAACUUUGGGAACCGCGUGGUUCACCUGAAGAGGCAGCUCGAGGAACUCGUAGCAAAACUGCCAGGCCUGUCGCCCAUAAUGUCCCCUCCAGCGGGCAUUCACUCACCUGCGGGUUCCGAUUCACCAAUGGCUGGUCCCGAGGGGUCUCCAUUCAGCCCACCCCUGGAAGAUAUUGAUCUGCCAGAUGAUGACGCGGAAGAUACCGUGACAUCGGCAGCUACUGAUACUUCCUCAAAGAAAUCACUUUUGGCCACAGUUACAGUACAGUCAACCAGCUCUGCCCGUGCCAUGAAACUGGGUAACAGACAACUGCAUGCCAACAAGACCUCCACCAUACCCAGCCUGCCCGAUUUGGACCUCCGUAAACUCAGUGGCGUUAUAGGAUCUUUCACUGGCUUUUCCAGCUUGCUCCAGGCAGAAGAAGCCAACACAGAUGUUCAAGACUCUGCAUCUGCUUCACCACUUGCAGAGAGUUUUGAAGGGUCGGACUCUGAGACUCUCUCCCCAAGCAUGUCAGCUGCUGGUGGGGUUAGUUGCAGCCACUCUGUUAAAUCGCAAAAAAUUAAAUCUCCGUCCGGCAAGAGCGUUCGCUCUUCCACAGAUAGUUGCGGCGAUGAGUUCGCACGACAUCAAUGCUUCAGUCCCAUGGCCGAGAAGCAGUCAACUGAUACUUUGGAGAUAAACACUGUGCCCGAGUCUUCGUCCUCAAGCAGCCUGGAGAGUCGGAUCCACAGUAUGUUGAAGGACAACCCGACUUUUUUGCCUUUUAGUUUGGGCAGUCCUGUAAGAGCGGCAGAUGAAAAUCCAUACAACGCAGAAGAGUCUGCUCCAUCAUCGAGGACGGCCUUCGAAGGCUCCUCCCCAGUCUCCACGCCUACUUUUGAGAAGCCGCGUGUCAGACGUGCGAGCAUGGCUUCUAACAAGUCGACUUCCUCUAUUCCGUCGCUUACCGUUAUAAAAGAAACUCCCAUUCCCUCCAUUGCAUCGGAUAGACCUUCUCCUAUUCCCUCCCUUGCCCAAAACCGAACGAUACCCAAAUAUUCAGGAACUCCGGAAAUACCAGCGCAUAUCCCUACACUGAUGGGGAUUGGUAGAACAGAGAAACAAGAUGACGAUAACUUGUUUGCGAAUGAAAGGGGCAGUGGAACGCCCACUCAAGAUGAACCCUCGGACCUCACAGCCUUCAGUCAAACUGGGGAUGCUUCAUACAGUACUUUCCCUCAGUACGCGAUGACUGGCUAUCCUUUAUCAAAUCACACAGCCUAUCAAUCCAGUCAAGAAUCACUACAAAGCUUUUAUAGUGCCGAGGAAGAGCGAAAACCUGCCAUGAGAACAGCUGCAAGAAAAAUGUCCUCAAAUCUUCUAGUUUUGAGUAACUCCUGUAGCAAUGAAGAUGACAAUGAAAAUGCAAAUGACACCGGGUACUCCAGAAAAUCGGGGGCACCUGUGGGCAACACUGACGACUUUCAGUUUCACACUGUAGCAGGAGCUAAAGCUGCAAGCAAUGUUGGGACGUCUUCUGAUGUGCACAGCAGUUGGGGAUAUGGAGCUUCUGCCAGCACGAAUCAAAACCAGUCACAAAUGGCAAUGAAAGACGUAGCAACUACAUCUCCAUAUAGUCAUUUUGAUUAUUCGAAUAGGCCGCCAGUUCAGUCGCCAACAUCUCAGCUUCCAUUUCAUUCUAAUUUGGCAUCGGAGAUUCACCACUAUAUGGUGUCUCAUUUAAACCACACUAACCCUCUCCUUCCUCGUAACCCAGCUGCAUUUGAACUAGGACCAUUUUCCCUUGCCAAACCUGUAGCCCAUCCAAUGGCAGUUUCUCCACAUCAGAUUUUGUCAACGCAUACCACAUUAAUGCCACACCUACCCCAUCUUCGUCCAUUGUUGGUGCCUCCAGCCCAUCAAGUCCCACUCUCUCCCACACAACCAAUUCUAGCAUCUCACCCCCAUCUCAUCUUACAACAGCCAAUGCCCGUACACACACCUACAUCGCAUUCGGUGCAAACGCCACCGUUCCGUACAGUUUCAUCACAGUCUCCUGUCCAACAUCCUUCGCUUCCUCCAGGGUAUGUCGUUGCUCCCCACUUGUUGCCUACACCUAGCCCUAAACGGCCACAUUUUACACCUAACUUGCCCACAUCAGUCUCAACGCAAGCACAAUCCUUGAAAGCACCCAGUAUUAAGCAACGAGCACCCAGCCACCCUACUCCACAAUCGCCGUCCCACUCUGUGCCUCACUCGAAGUUAAAUUUUUCCCACACACAAAAGCUGUCCUCACACCACAAUAGGUCAAAGUAUUCUUUCGUUCGAGAAAAAGUGCACACCACUGUAAAGAAGGCACAGAAAGAGGAUCCCAAGGAUGGACUGGAAAAGAAUGAAGGUAAAGUUAAAACUCCGAGCUCCAGUAGCAAUAGCGACCAGAACGUUCAGAGUAACAAACACAAAACUCCAACGCAGGAAAUUGGUGCCAACCAGUCGCAGGCAGAGAUUGACUCGGGCAUUAGUAAUGAAGAGAAAAAAGAGCCACCUCAGAACCAGCCUGACCCAGGCAAGAAGUGCGGUGACACUUUGGGGAAUAAUGCUUCUAGCAGUGGUGCAGACAAGCCUCAAGUAGCCAUGCCACAGGAAGAUCACAGUAAGCCGUACCACAAAGACGGUGGCUUUCAAAACAAAUUAUUAGCAAAUCACGUUUCGCCAUCAUCAGUGGAUUUUCCUCCACAACCAAGGCCUUUAGUUGGACAGCAGUUCCAAGGCAGCAGGGAUUUUAGGCCUAGGGCACUACUUGCUAAUCCUAGAAUUCCCUUUGAUGGUGGCAUAAAAAGACCAGGUCCCCCUUUUGGUGCAAGUCCAUCAUUACCAAAGAGGCCAUUCAUGCCUCCUCCCAGGUAUUGAAAUGCAAAUUCUACAGCAUUGUAUAUUUGGAUGUGCCCCUGCUGUUGUAAUGAUUAGCAUGAAAGAAAUGAUUAUCCAUUUGAAAUAAGCUUGGUUGCUGUGUACUAUUAUAACAGAGUUUGAUUCUGUUACAGAAUUCUAAUUCAACUAGCUUGUUAAUAUUUUUUAAAUGUUACAAUAUUACUGCGCGCGUCACAAGCGAAAUGGUCAACUGACAUGAGUUCAAGAACAUUUGUUCAAAGUGAAUUUUUCCUUUAAACAUUUACAUGGAUAGACUUGUAGGGAAAACGCAAGUGAAAAAAAUAGUUUAACACGUAGGCUUUCGCGACCAAUAUCCAUAAUAGAGGUUUUUGGGUUGGAUCGCGUAAAUAUAUAAAUGUGUCAUUAAAACCAGCCACCGCCUGACACAGCAUGUUUUGUUUACGUGACAACCCUUACUAUUUAGCUGUGUCGGGUGGUGGCGGGUUUUAACGACACAUUUACGCGAUCUAACCCAAACACCUAUUAUGGAAAAAACUAGUGUUUGAAUUUGUCUAGACAGCAUAUGUUUUAGAGGCUCUCAAUGCUUGUUUUUGUGCAGAAACUAGAAAUUCUGUGGCAUAAUUAUUUCAAUUCGUUACUGUUUUUGUAAGUAAAACAAUUUAUCACAAGUAGAAUGUGAUAGAUUCUGUGUUCAUAAUGGUGUAAAUACAGUUAACCACCAAUCCCAAUUAAAAUACGGUAAGUUUAUUGUGUAGGUGUGCUGCUGUUGUAUACUGGAAGAGAUUGUAAAGUUUUAAAAAUGCUGACCCUUUCUGAUCUGUACAUAAGGCAAGUAUGGUUAGCACAACAAAAAAAUUGCGUUGAUGUAACGUUCAGUGAGUUUUGUUUUCACACAAAGUUACCACAAGGCAACAGGUUAAAAGUUCUGGGUGAGGAGGAUGCCGAAGAUCUGCUUUGUCACUCAUGUUUCUGUAAAAAAAAUGCUUGGAAAAGAAAUUUAACUGUGACUUGAUGAACACAAUGCAUUUAUUUUACCAUGUGAUUGAUGGCUGCAUCAGUUUAUUUCGCCCAGCAGAUUUGGCCCAAAUCAAGAUAUUGGGUCUCUUGCAUUUAGUCGUUCAUCUGAAAGUGUUUGCAGAACUCGUUCUUGUUUUGCUGCACAUGCUUUAAUUUUUACUUUUUUUUUACCAAUUUUGUAAAGCAAACUUUGUAAAUAGCUUGAGUGGAGAGGUAGACACGGAUUUGACAGUACACACACACUGCUUGAGUUAUGACACUUAUGCUAUCGGCAACAUUGAAGACAAUCCACCUUUAUUCUUGUGAUGUACAGUGGCAUGCAAAACAUCAGAUGGCAAGACGGCUAGAAGACAAUCUGCAGGGAUUCAUAUUCUUGGUUCUUUCGGUAAAGUCACGUAGAAGGGAAAUAAUAAUACAUUUUUUUAUGAUUUACCUUCUACGUGACUUUACCGAAAGAACCAAGAAUAUGGGGGGAAGCGUCAACUAGCAGUUGCGAAUUGAGCUUUGCAAGAUUUGUUUUCCCCCUAAUGGUUAAGUGGAUUUAAGAUUGACUUUUUUUCAUUGGUCAGCAUUCAAUGUUAAGUAAUUGUGAACCUGUUAUAGAGCAUAGCAUGUGAGAUUACUGACAACAGCACAACUAAUAAAGUCGGUAGCUAACUACCCAUAGUGCUGGUUAGAAUGCCAUCAAAACUCAAUUGAUGCGACGUGGGGGGGGGGGGUUAAUUUUCUUCCCUGCGUUUGGCUUGUCCAAAUGCUUUAUUGCUUUGAAAGUAUGCAUUGGUUUUUAAUUCGGAGAACCCAAAAACAAUCCCGGUUAUGUAUGGCUCAGUUGGGCAAUUAUACAUUUGUCCAUGUGAAAGGGUUGUACGGUUUUCCGUUGUGUUUUUGGGUUAUACCGCAUGUUCGGGAUGAAGAAGCUCCCUUGCACGUGAGAGCAAAGCAAUCGGGGAUGGUGCGGAAACAACGCGCUACAACCUGAAAACACAUCGGAGGGCUACUAUAUACAGCACAUUUACAAACUACAGUAGUAAAAAAGGUUAUUUUGGGAAUAUGGUGUACACAACUCAAUGGAUGUUUUUUUUAAGCACGUAUUUAUACAGAUUGUAUUAAUCGGCAGCUAAGUGUAAAUUCCAGUAUAUACUGUAGCGCCCUAUAAAGCAACUAUUGGCGGUGCAGCUCGGUGGAGUGUGCAACGUGAACGCAUUCAAACACUUUAUAUCAAGAGGCGUCCAUGCGUUUAUUUGGACCUCGGCAUUUUGACGCUGUGAAGGAAAGGGCUUUCCGUGUUUCACAAUUUUUUCCUGGAGUGAAAGUGGUGGUGCUGCUGAAGCUGAAUUCCCCGUUUGAAGAUUUCGGUUGGAGACGAAGAAGUUUAGUUUAGUAGUCAACCCACACGACAUCGGCAACGGAGUAUAUUAUAUGCAUCGACGCAAUAAUGACGACUACAUGGAUAACAAGAGCAUAACUGGAUUUGGGCGAAGGAAGGUUUCGAUACACAUCGGAAUUAUCAUCGACAUGUUUG